UAAUUGUAAUUAGCUCCAUGUGUACGCUACAUCACAUUUUGGAGCUUUUAAUGUGACUGGAUUAAUUCCAGUUUACCUGCUGGCACCUAGGAACCUCCCAAGGAGGUUCUGCGGCUCCUUUUCCGGACCUCUUUUUAGAGGAGCUGGUUUUCACCUUAGCCUUAGCCAUUAGAGCACCCCUUGUCCUCAGUUUCCGCCCCUCGCCAGCCGGUCAGCGCCCAGCCCGGGCUCGCUCUGAGCGGCGGAUAAGAACAGCGGUGGACGGCAGAGGGCGCUCGCGUCGGGCUGCAAGGCUCGGUCGCCGGAUGCCGAGAGGGAAAGAGAGCCAGGUCUUACGGGCUCCCCGCCCGGCUCGCGUGACCUGAACGCUCUGGCCGCCUUUCCGGAGCCCGGUGGUUAGUAUAUAAGGCGCGGAGGCCGCGGUCAGGGUUCAGUUCUGGGCGUUAGCAUCGUCCGCGUGCACCGCCCUGCCCGGUACCGCAGAUUUGGCAUUCUACACUGAAGUCAUCAUGAGCUUUUUCCAACUCCUGAGGAAAAAGAAGGAACUUAUUCCUUUGGUGUUUUUCAUGACCGCGGCAGCGAGUGGAGCUUCGGCUUUUGCUAUAUAUUCCCUUGGAAAAACCGAUGUGAUCAUUGAUCGAAAAAGAAAUCCAGAGCCUUGGGAAACUGUGGAUCCUAAUGUACCUAGAAAGCUUAUAACAAUCAACCAAGAAUGGAAGCCCAUUGAAGAGUUGCAGAAUGUCCGAAGGGCGACCAGAUGACCAGUCCUCGCCUUUUUCUUCAAAGAGCACUCUAUGAAUCUAGUGGAAACACUUCUGCACAAACUAGAUUCUGGAUACCAGUGUGCGGAAAUGCUUCUGCUACAUUUUUAGGGCUUGCCCACGUUUUUUGAACUCUGGAUGAGGAAUUAUAAAGGUAGUGCCGUAAUAACCACAUAGUCCCCAAAUAAGUUUCUGUGUUUAUUUUCAUGUUGUAAAUUUGAGUUCUGUGUAUUGAAAUUUUUGUGUUUAUGAUACCUGAAUGUUUUUCUUAAAAUGUAUAAAGAUUUGGAAAUUCGAUCAUCUACAAUAAAAUACUAUUUGUGCAGG